AUGAUACACAAAUUUCUUAGAGUCCUGGCUACUGGUAUUGCAGAAGACACUGGUAAAAUUAUGAGAAAAGCUUAUAAGAAUUUGACAGAAAUACCAAGUGAUGACCAAUGGAAAGAAGAUCUACAUCAAGUUUUUCUAACAGAAAACAACAUACAAACAAUUCCAAAUGGCACAUGUCCUAAGUGUACUCAACUUUCGAUGUUGCUUUUGAAUUGUAAUGUAAAACUCAACCACAUCACAGAUGAGUUUUUCAACAACAUGCCUGCUCUUAAAAUACUUGAUUUGUCUGAGACUGCGAUCCAGCCCAAGUCAAUGUCCAACUUAAAAUGUCUCAUUGCAUUGUUACUUUCAGGAUGUACAGAAUUGAGGUACAUUCCUUCAUUAGAAACACUGAAACGGUUAAUAUCACUGGAUCUAUCUUUUACUGCCAUCACUAAGGCACCUGUAGGUUUGGAAUCAUUGGUCAAUCUUAGAUGCUUGAAUCUACUCAAGAUUGAUAAGUUGGUAAUACCACCAUCUCUCAUAUCCAAAUUGAUCAAUUUAGAGUGUCUUGAGUUGGGUCGGGCCCAAUGCUUGAGGGAUGCAUUAGUACAAAGUGCACAAAGUUUGGAAAAGUUGGAAGUUAUACGUGCCCACUUUCCUAACAUUAGUGUCUUCAACGCCUUCGUGAGGUUCAUGGCCGAAAAUCGUGUAAUCAGAAGCUAUCAAUUAACUUUAUACCAUGAAAUUUAUGAUGAUGAUGAUGAGGAGGAGGAGGAGAAAAUAGACAGAAUAUAUUCUAUGAAAAUGAUAAUUCUUGAGGGUACGAAUUUCAAAAAUAGAGAAGCAGUAUUACUCCCAAGAGACAUCAAGAAAUUGUUUAUAAUAGCUUGUUUCCUAGGGAUCGGUGGUAGAUCCCUAUGCAAUAUUUUAUCAUAUGUCCACAACAAUAAUCCACACCAAAUUGAGCUGUUGGAUAUUAAAUUAUGUGAAGAGGCGGGGUACUUGUGUUGUUGCAGUUGCCCCUUUUGCUCCUCUUCCCAACUCGUUGGACGUCUAGACCUCUUGGAAAUGAACAACGUGAAAGAUUUGGUGUCACCAUAUGCUGAUUCCUUGGAUCAAUCCGCCCUAUUUUCUCAUCUCAUACAUCUUACAGUUACGUCUUGCAGUAGCAUGAAGACUCUGAUAGCGUUUAAGUUACUAGCACUCCUCCAAAAUCUGCGCACCAUUUGCGUUUAUAGUUGUAAGAAGAUGAAAGAAAUAGUUGGAGAGGAUCAUUCUGUAAUGGAACUUACUGCUAGUGGCGACCUCAUGGCCCGUCCUCAUCCUUCUAUCACUCUUCCCAACUUGACGUCUCUGAAAUUAGAUAAGAUGCCACAAUUAGAUGUCGUAUACAAAGGCAUCAUGCUUUGCCCUUCUCUCCAAACAUUCGAUGCUUCUUUGUGCGAGAAACUAAAUCCCCCUCAGAUAGCGAUCUCAAAUAAUGGAAGUGUGCUUUCGAUGCAGAAGAUCCCACUUGGUGGGUACUAUUGGCGAAAGUGA